CUGCUCUGGUCAAAUCUAGCUCGGUCCCGCGGCACCAGCGGGGGCAGGAUGUUCCGAGCUGUGAAGCACGCCGUCGUCUGGGCGAAGAAGAGCCGAGCUGAGCCCGCGGCCUUGUCUGCCUUCGCCAGCCACUUCUCCGCGGCUUCCACCUCGCAGAGGUUGGCCGGUAAGGUGGCCGUGAUCACUGGCGGCGCCAGCGGCCUUGGCAAGGCGACUGCCGCGGAGUUCGUCCGGAACGGCGCCAAGGUCGUCCUCGCCGACGUCCAGGACGACCUCGGCCACGCCGUCGCCGCGGAGCUCGGCCAUGACUCCGCAUGCUACACGCGCUGCGACGUGACGGACGAGGCGCAGGUCGCGGCGGCCGUGGACCUAGCGGUGGCGCGGCACGGCCGCCUCGACGUCAUGUUCAACAACGCCGGCAUCAGCGGCGCCCUCACGCCCGUCCCCCUCGGCUCCCUGGACCUCGCCGACUUCGACCGCGUCAUGGCGGUGAACGCGCGGGCCGUGCUCGCGGGCGUCAAGCACGCCGCGCGCGUCAUGGUCCCCAACCGGCGCGGCAGCAUCAUCUGCACGGCCAGUACGGCGGCGGUGCUGGGAGGCGUGGCGUUCCCGGCGUACAGCGUGUCCAAGGCGGCGGUGGUGGGGCUCGUGCGCGCCGUGGCGGGGGAGAUGGCGCGCGCCGGGGUGCGCGUGAACGCCAUCUCGCCAAACUACAUCCCGACGCCGAUGGUGAUGGGGUACAUGGCCGAGUCCUAUCCCGGGGCGAGCGCCGAGGAGCGCAGGCGGAUCGUGGAGAGGGACAUGAACGAGAUGGGCGGGCCGGCGCUCGCGGCGGAGGACAUCGCCCGCGCGGCGGUGUACCUGGCCUCCGACGAGGCCGGGUACGUGAACGGGCAUAACCUCGUCGUCGACGGCGGGUUCACGGUCGGCAAGGCGCCGAAAAUGCCGGCGCCGUGACAUUGACGGGUCUUGAUGCGAUGAAGUGUUCUUCCUUGGACCAACUGGACAUGUUCGUUCUUCACCGUUGCAGUUGGACUUGCACAACCUGUUACGCUUCAUAGUUCAAAGUACUUUAUCUGUUUUUAGUCUGCUUAUAUAAAAUUGUCUGAAGUUGAACUUCGUGAAA